AAGAAAAGGAAGUUGAUUGACAGAGGAGGCUACAACGCCCUUCUACCGGACCUGAACAAGAAUUCGGAUCAGAAGAACGCGAUUGCGGCCACCAACGACGACAACGAAAGCGAUGGUGACGAUGAUCUGAGAGUGUUGAACGAGAAAACUUUGGAGUUCAGAGACACCUUUAAAUACAUUAUGCGAGCUGCAGAUACUACCACCCAUAGAAGAGACGAACCAUACCUACGAGCUUAUAAAGAAGUCCACUGCACAGACCUAAUGGACAAGAAAGACAAGCAACAACUUCACCGCAAGGACAUCAAUGCGUCUCAAAUGAGCUGGGCCAAUCUGGCAAACACGCUGGAGGAGAUCGCCAAGGGAAAAGAUGAUCCUACAAAAGGAUAUCUAGCUGGGCGGAUUGCUGGUGAAAAGGAACUGUGUCACAGCAACGACGACGAGAGUAUGCGAGAGAUGCUCAAGCGAAAGCAAGUCAAAUGCUUUCAAGUGUUAUGGCUAUACUACUUCGAAGGACAGGCAGAUGAGGAACUACUGCUGAGUAAAGAUCGAGCGGCGGUCGGCACAUUGCAGACAGUGGUCCAGUCUCGAGCAUCGAGCGCAGAGCGCGUACAGCUCCGCUCUACAGAUCGAGCGGUAGUCGUUACGUCGCAGACAAUAGUAUAG